AUGAACACAGUCGCAGAUACUUUUCUUCAUUUGGAGGACAACAGAAAGGAUGAACAGAGGAGUCGGCUGACUUGUCUAACCCAAACCAGCUUAGCAUGCGCUCAGAAUGUGGACUUGCUGCAAUACCGGGAGUCCACCGAAAACAGCUCCCCGAUGAAAUACAGAAAAUACGGGUCUCGCUUGGGUGGGGUCAAGGUUCGCCACAAGAGACAGGUGCUGCAGGACAUGGCCCGCCCGCUCAAGCAUUGGCUGUACAAGCACAGGGACAACCCGUACCCCACCAAGACCGAAAAGGUCCUGUUGGCUCUGGGCUCCCAUAUGACGCUGGUGCAGGUGUCGAACUGGUUUGCAAAUGCCCGACGGAGGCUGAAGAAUACGGUGAGACAACCGGACUUGAGCUGGGCCUUACGGAUCAAACUGUACAAUAAAUACAUCCAAGGGAACGCGGAGAGACUGAGUGUAUGCAGUGAUGACACCGACUCAGAUGACAAUGACUGUCCCUUACAAACACCUAUCUGCUCAUCAUCAGACAUGGUGAAAAAAACGGGCGCAGUCCUUACCGGCGAAGACGGCACCUCUCCGCCAUCCAAGUACAAGAGUAGCUUGCUGAAUCGUUAUUUGAACGACACCCUGAGACACAUGAUGGCGGGCGAGGCCGAGGCCGUCGCACUCAUGAGGAGGAACCACUCCGAGUCGUUCAGUUCAAACGAGUGCGAUCGAGACGUCGCGUCGCCGGCGUCCUCCUAUGAGACGGAGACCAACUUCAUCUACCACAUGGAGACUCUGGACUACACAUCCAAACCUGACAGUGGUCAGCACCAGCACAGUCAAAACAACCAAGACUGGCGAGAGAUCAAUGCCGCCGUGGCCCUGACCAGUUUGGCCCAGGGGCAGAGCUGCAUAGCGGACAGGAACAUCAGAACGGUGCCUGGCGCUGCCGCGGGACUCGGCUACAGCCCGCAGCCCCUGUCCGUCACGAGGACGAGCUCCAGCCACAGGAUGCCUGUCGCGGCGCCCGCCUCGGCCCUGAGGCAGAGCUGCGGCGCCGAGCGGUCCACGCUCACCAGCCGCAUCAUCCAGAAGUCAUCUCACAUCUCUGAGGUGCAGACCAUCAAAGUGGGCGUGGCUAACGGCGUGUAG